AUGGCAUCUGUGCGGGGUCACAGUCCAGAAGGCGCGGGUAAGGCAAAGCUGUGCAUCAAGCGGUGCAACCGCUGCAAGUACAUCAAGCAUGCUGCUUCCUGGCAAAAGAAACUUGUUUAUUCUACCAGCUCCGGGGGCACCGCCACGUGGCUGGUGGAGAGCGACAGCAACAAGCCAUGGGGAUUGGGGUGCGCAGUUUGCAGAGAUGCUUGUGACAACCCGGCUGCAUCUGGAUCGGCCUUUGUCCAAAUGAAGAAGGGUGCAGCCCAAUACGAGGUGCCUAUGACCCGGUUCGGGGGUAUGCUGCAGCUGGAGGAUCUUCGGCGUCACGGAGAGUCGGAUGGGCACAUUCGGAGCUUGGAGAAGCUGGGACAGCCAGCUGCAUCGCCCGGGGGGAGCGAGGAGGACAAGGCAGUGCCGACACCAGCGCAAGUGCGCCUGGCGCUUGAAGUCCUGCGGAUGCCUAGCAGCGCGCAGGGUAGGUCCUACGAAGCUCGGUGCGAACUGGCGGGGCGAGCCGAUUGCAGGAACUUUCCUGCGGGUCGCUCCUGCGCGACCGAGCACGCGCGAAUCAUCAGGACAGUUGCAGAGGUGCUGUGGGACGAGGCCCGGCAGUGGCCCGACCGCAGGCUGGCCGCGAAGUGCAAGUCCGCUGGCUGGGCCGAGGACGUCAGCAAAGAUUCCUUGUGUGUGAAGAUGAGACUUGUGGACCACAAGUACCAGGUUCAUCACCGCAUGUUGGCGCUCUCAAAGUGCCACGGCGUCAAGGCAGGCAUGUCAAUAGUAAUGUUGCUUGCGCAGAACACGUGCAAUACCGUGCCCUCGCUCGGAAAAGUGGAGCACAUGGGGAGAGUUUUGCAGAAGUUCAGCCCGGACAACCAUGAGUCCUUCGCAAAGCUCUUCCAGGACCGAAGUCCAGGGUCUCCUGCAGUUCUGUGGGCCAUGCGCGCACCUUUGCAGGUGUACACUGUGGAUGGCGAAAAAGCUGAGGGACUGGCUGGGCGCUUUGCUGCCGCCACAGGCUCAGAUGGAAGCGGUUCACCGCCAGCAGCGUGUACCAGCCUCGCAGCCAAGGCCAAGGGUGUGUUGCCUUCCUUGAAGCUGUCCACAAGAUGCCGGCUGCACUCGGCGCAGCGAAGCUUGGAAAACUCCCUGAAGAGCGACGGGAACAUCAAAAUCCUGCUAGAUGAGUUCGUUAUGCGUUUGUCGUCACAAAACAGCAAGGACCCGGGCGGUUUCUGCAGGGCCAUUGGCAACUCUCACAAGUUGUUAGCACAGUUCAGCGAGAAGGUGCAAUCCCAGCUUGAUUGUGUUCUGGGUCCGCAGAUGAGCGCUCAUUACGUACUGACGCCCAGCAACAUUCGGCUGCUUGCACUGACGACGGAGUGGCUCAGCUUGGUGUCUCCAUUCGUUCAUGAGUACGACAGGGGCGCCGCAAAGUCAGAGUCCGCGCCGACCUCUUCCACAGCUCGCAUAUCCAACUGCUCCAGGUUGUGCGAGAAUCUGAAGCAGGACGCUGUAGACUCACUUGUGCGGAUGCUGCGUUCCAAUGAAUUACUGCUUGGGUUCACACAGGAUCUCAAUCGCACCUUUGCCUUCAAGUCCUUGGACGGCUCCACCGCCCAACGGCCUCUGGUUCUCAAUAGCAAUUACACGUCCGGGUACCUUCAGAUAGCCGAGCAGCAGAUGAAAGCUUUGAGCAGCAGCUCGGACAUUGCCGUGUACCAGGAUGGUCGCCUAUUGUUUCACUCUGAAGGCGUGCCCGACGAAGAGUAUGCUGCUCUGCUGGCGCCCGAAUUGGGGUCCAUCAAGAACGUGUCGGACUUGUUUCUCGAGUCCGUGGAGACUUGGCAUCAAGCUGGUGUUGGGUCUGCUCUGAGCCCCUUCGACGUGGUCUGGUGGACGGCCAACAGAUCAGACUCCACCCUGCCCGAGGUGUUGGAUCCUUUGGCCAAGCUGCUGCAGCUGGACACACACGUGCUGCGCGAAGAGUACCUCGUCGCACGACCCACGGCGGUCUUUCUUGCCAGGUCUGAGAGAGCCUACUGGCCCACGACUAUGCAGCGCUUUGAUCGGUUGAAAUCACUGAAAGUUCGCUUCAUGCUAGCAAUCUUCGAUGCCACUUCGGAGAUCGAGACCAGCUUUAGCACACUGCGGCUGUUUUCAGGCUCCAUCAAGGCCAGUAUGUCAGAGGAAAACAGGAAUUGCUAUCUGAAAGUCUUCUGCGACUGCCCGGACCUGGACAAGGUGGUUUUUUUCUCAAAGGGCAAUUACCAGCCAUCCAGUCUUGGUUUCAAAAUCCUGGACAAGUACCGGAAGCUUUAUGGUGGGCAAGGUCGGAACACGAGACGGGACCGACUUCCACGAAAGUCCUUCUGCUCGAGGCUGAAAUCCAAGGGCUUGGCGUCUUUCCAGAGACAGCGGGACGCACAGCGGCGUUCGCUGCAGCAGCCAGAUGCCGAGGAAGGUCUGGAAGACCUUCAGCAAGUCGUUGACUCCGCAGCAAGACGGCGUGCCUCUCCUAAGCAAGAGAAGCUGCGGGCAAUACUUCAGGCAAAAGCUGCGGAGCUCAAACAGGACUUCGUUCAUGGUCCCGGUCAUGGCAUUGCCGCCAAGUUGUCAGAGCAUGAAAGGAACGUGCUAAAGGACAAAGAGAAGCUCCAGAGGAUAGAGAUGAGACAAUUGCACGAGCAGUUGGAAGAACUAGCCCCGGGACCCUGCACAUUCGUCAUCCUCGGUUCCUGUGUCCAUUUGAAGACGCGUGCGAAGAAGCAGCUGGCCCGGGUAUCUUCGUUUGCAGGUUCUGUGUUCUACAGUGCCUCGGAGUUCUUGAAUGGCGUAAGCCAGGAGGUUGCCAUGGACUGCAAGCGGCUCGUGUGGGUGUGCGUGGAGCCGGAAACCUUCCAAAAGGUUUUGGGGCCCCAGAAUGGCGUCGAGAUUCCUGCGGCCGACGCCCAGGGAGAGUGUUGGAAGGAGGUUUCAAUCAUCCUGGCGACUCGCGUGCUUGGCGGGUAUGUCGCCAGUGGGCAAUGGCCGAGUCUACUUGCCAACCGACAGGACGCCUCUGUCCCCUCCCCGAUCAUCAGGCUUGGGGCAGCAUACGCCCAGCCGCACAACAUUUACAUGUCCAAGCUGCCGGAAAAGCUGAAAGGAUGUCUGAACCACCUCGAUGCCAUCCUGCGAG